AUGGCACGAGGGCUGAUCCAUAAUUACUGGGCUUCCAUUGCAUCACUGCGAGCUUUGAGUCAAUCCGGCGACGAGGUCACAACGCAAGGCUUCGUCGACUUGGCCAAGCUUGCAGCCUUCCUACAUCAGGAGCCAGCUGUUCCACCACCGCCUGGGGGUGGCGUGCCCUUCGAGUUCAAAGGAGGAGGCGUGGAGUUUCGAGAUGCCCACUACGCGUAUGCCCACAACACCGUCCUUGCAGGGGCUUCCCUGGCAGUGCCGGCUGGGACCAAGAUGGCCAUUGUUGGACCGUCGGGAUCCGGAAAGAGCACGUUGCUGCGCUUGAUUUACCGAUUUGCAGAUCCACAACAAGGGCAGGUGUUGAUGGAUGGUCAGGAUCUGAAAUUGCUUGAUCCGCUCACCUUCCGACGUCACCUGGGGAUAGUUCCGCAGGACUGCUCCUUGUUCAAUGACACGAUCAGUUUCAACAUCCGCUACGGGAGGCCCGAAGCCACAGAUGCCGAGGUCGAACGGGCUGCAGAUCUUGCGCAGAUCCAUCAGCAGAUUCGAUCUCUGCCUGAAGAUGGAGCGGGUGUCAUGCUAACGUCGGAGUACGAAUUGGCUAUGGGGGACGCCUAUGGCGAGGGUCCUCCGCAGGGAAGGGAGGAAUCGCUUCGAGAAGACAACGCGCAGACAGGCUACGGAACACCCGUCGGGGAGCGUGGCAUGAAAUUGAGUGGAGGGGCGGCAACGAAUUGGUAUUGCACGAUGCUUGUUGGCGAACCCGUCUAUUGUGCUGCUGGACGAGGCAACUUCUGCCCUCGACGUCCGCACGGAGCGGGCUCUAGCAGCUGCCAUGGACGAGCUCAUGAAAGGACGCACUUGCCUGGUUGUGGCGCACCGGCUGGCAACUGUUCAGCGAUGCGAUGUCGUGGCCUUCCUCGAGGGUGGAGUCAUCCGCGAGCAAGGCCCUCACGAGGAACUCCUGCAGAGGAGCGAGAAGUACAGGAGAUUCUGGGAAGGUGCCUGCUGAAGCUUGAGUCUGCAUUGCAAGCCAAAAAAAGGCCAAAAGCGCAGCUAGCUGACCUCAUCGGUCUCGAGGAAGCGAAGGCCCUUGCUCAACUAAGCUUGCCAAAGCAAGCUGCAACUUUGAGGCAGAGGCGGAGUGCUGUGCUGCUUUCCGGCCCUGAAGGGAUUGGAAAAAGAGCGGCGGCAGAAGCAGCGGCAGCAUUGGCCGGCGCCCAGGUGUUGCACCUGGCAGCAACUGAUGCCGUCAAAACAGCCUUCUGCAGGACAGCAACAUCCAAAGCUGAUGCUUCCCAGAAGCCUGUCCUCAUACUCGUCGAAGGGCUCGAGUUCGCCCCCGAAGCUGCGCUGUCGAUUCGGCGCUGCCUUGCAGAGGUGGCCAGAGCUGAGGGCUCGCAACGAGUUGCGUGCGUGGCAACUGCCGGCUCCGACCCAAGCCAGUUUCUUCGGGCGAUCGAGCUGUUUCCAUUUGGCUUCAUGGUGCAAAUUUCACCGCCUAGCCAGGCAGAGCGCAAGCAAUUUCUCUUGAAGCUCUUCGCACAGGUCUCCAGAUCAGAUGCCCAAUGGGGAUCGGCGUUGCGAGAAGCUGCUGUCGACACGUUAGCAAAUCUUACCGCCAACUACACCUUUGCAGAGAUAGACUUCGUUGUCCGUCGAGCAUUCCUUCGAAGUACUCAAGAGGAGGGCUCCCGAGAUCCAGUCGCACUACAUCACUUUGAAAAGAUCUUGGCAGAGACGCCACCACAGAGCUUCAGUGCCUUUGAGCAGGGCGCAUCCAGUCGCACGGCACCCCUGACCAGUCCGGCCAUGGGUGCUGGUGAAGAGCCGCCCUCCAAGAAGGAUUCCGAUGGCAAGCGGAAGAAGAGGGAAGGUGGCAAGGAUCCCAUGGAGAGCAUCUUCGGCUGGUGUAAUUUCUGGUUGCCCGAAGCCUUUCAUCUUCCUCCAGUCAUAUGGGCAAUGGUGAUCUUUGGUAUCAUGGCCCACCUGAUGGCCAGGACCACGUACCAGCCAUACAACAACCGUCGGCGACGCGGCGCUGAAAGGGGUGGUGCGGGUGGCCGCAGCUCCCUUUUCGGUGAUCUGAAGGGCAAUCCGUACGGACCACUGGGCGAGGGUCUCGGAGAUUGGCCUCUCGGAGGAAUGGGAGGAAUGCCUGGCAUGGCCGGCAUGGGAGGUUUGGGAGGUUUGGGCGGCUUCCCCACACCGCCUGGGUUCGGUCCAGACCUUGAGGGGAGCUUGGUAGGCCCGGGCUGGCAGAGACGAGUGGAGGAUGAGAGAGUCAAGCAACUUGCUGCUGGCCGGCUGGCAAAAGAGAAAGUUGCCGUUCUGCUCUCAGAUCGUCAGAUCUUAGUCGUGCUGGAGGCUGUUGAAGUACGUUUGGGCCACAUUGUCCUACAGUCUAAGGUCGGUCUGUGCAUGCAUUCGAAUAUGUACUUGUCUGACCAUUGGACACAACUCUUCGCAGUGGUUCGGCAUACGGAGCGCGCCGAUGGAGUCUUCGCCUUCUGGGAGAACGGCAGAUGGUCGAGCUCAGAAGACUGCAGGAGGUUCCCUCUGGAUCCGCCACUCAGUGACGCGGGUCACGAGCAGGCGGAAGUGCUGGGAGUUGACAUUCGGCAAUUUGCCGAGCAGAAAGGCACCGACUUCCAUGUGGUCGUGUGCUCGCCGUAUUCGCGGUGUGUUCAGACGGCGGUGAAGAUAUGCCAGCAUCUAGGACCGAAGGCCAAGAUGCUGAUCGACCACUCCCUGGGUGAAAUCUAUGGCCCGUCUGUGAUGGGGGAGGCACAACCUCGCGAUCACCUCAGGGCUUUCACCGUGGCCGUAGACUACUGCAGAGCUCACGACGUCCCCGUUGUGACCAGGGCAGUCGGGCAAAAACCUGUGUGGCCGGAAUCACUGCAGGAUGCGCGACGGAGAUUUGCAUUACGCUUUCUGCAGUAUCUGCAGCGUGGAGCUGUGGCCAAGCGAAAUUUUCUAAUCGUUACGCACGGCGACUGCAUUGGGUCCGUCAUGAGCAUCAUGCCGGAGCAGCAGGAUCUGCUGGUCGAAAAGGUGGAUUACGGUGCCACAAUUCUGGCAUCUAGGCAGCCCGUUCAGAGAAUGCCAGCUCCGACGCCGAAGCAAUCCGCGCCUCGCGCAAAGGGCAUGGCCUCUGUAAUGCCUAUGUCAGCGGAGGAAGAAGUCAUGGUCGAGGGCACUGGCGACUUUCGUCUGCAGGACGGAUUGGAGCACAUAGCCGAGGGCCUCGAGGACACCGAGGGUUCUGGUCAGCGGGAGCCCGACAAAUGGGCUAUACCCGCCGAUGCAGACAAGGGCGGCCCGGAGGUAAACAAGCUGACGCAGAAGGUCAUGACCGGCUGGAACUGUGAGACGAUGCAUAUCUCCGUCCGCCAUAAAAAGAGCAAGGGGUACAAACUGGCCAAGCGACUCACAGCGCUCGUGGAGUCAGGGCCGUUUUCCAUGCAGAAAGUGGAGAAGCUCUUGGGUGCUAUUCCACAGACACCCCUUGGCGACAGCACGCCGCUUCCGUCGACUCCUGCCGCUUCAGGUACAACGCUUUCGGUGCAGUCCGGGCUGUCUGCAUCCACUUAUCUCUUUGGUGGGUCACAGCUCGACUCCGAGGACUUCAACCCCUUCGUGCCACCGAGUCCUGAUGCAGUCGUUCAGAAUCAGCGUGUGCUCAGUUCUCAGCUGGACUUUCAGAAACGCAAGAUGGAAAUGUCCCACAUGUCGCAGAGAUCGGCCUCUGCAGUGGACAAGUUAUCCAUGAAGCACUACUUGAAUCCAUUGGAGGGUGUCCAAGAAGCAGAUCUGGAAAGGAGUCCGUCAAAGCACGCCGGAAAGGCGGAGGCAGUCGGACCAUCCGAGCCUCAGCGAAAGGUAUCUUCGCCCAGCCUUAUCUUAGAUGGGAGGAUCAGUGACGGCCCUUAUUCGGAUGAAGGCAGCCAUGUUAGUCUGAUGAGCCAGGAAGAAGGGCCAGGGAAGCCCAGCGCAGAGCCUCCACCUGUGCCCAGCCCUGUCGUGCCUGCCAAGCCCCUGAAUUCCUCAAGAGAUACGACCUUUACAGCAGCUUCGGCGGCAUCCUCGCCGGUGCCAAAGCCCGAGGAGCCCAAGAAGAACUUCGGCGCUCCAGGAGGCUCCAGUCUGCUAGCCCGAAGACGAGCAAGUCUGGGCAUUGCACCCCUUGGUCAGUGA